AUGAGAGUGUCUGCCUUACCACUGAGUAUCGGACUUACCAAUAAGUCGUCCCCACCAAACCCAGUCCCCACAAACCCAGUCCCCACAAAACCCAGUCCCCACAAACCCAAGUCCCCACCAAACCCAGUCCCCACAAACCCAAGUCCCCACAACUCCCAUUCCCCACAACCCCCAGUCCCCACAACCCCCAGUCCCCACAACCCCCAGUACCCUCGCCCCCACAACCCCCAGUCCCCACAACCCCCAGUCCCCACCAACCCCAGUCCCCACAACCCCCAGUACCCUCGCCCCCACAACCCCCAGUCCCCAACAACCCCAGUCUCCACCACACCCAGCCCCCACAACCCCCAGUCCCCACCAACCCCCAGUCCCCACCAACCCCCAGUCCCCACCAACCCCCAGUCCCCACCAACCCCCAGUCCCCACAACCCCCAGUCCCCACCAACCCCAGUCCCCACAACCCCCAGUACCCUCGCCCCCACAACCCCCAGUCCCCAACAACCCCAGUCUCCACCACACCCAGCCCCCACAACCCCCAGUCUCCACCACACCCAGCCCCCACAACCCCCAGUCCCCACAACCCCCAGUCCCCACCAACCCCAGUCCCCACAACCCCCAGUACCCUCGCCCCCACAACCCCCAGUCCCCAACAACCCCAGUCUCCACCACACCCAGCCCCCACAACCCCCAGUCCCCACCAACCCCCAGUCCCCACCAACCCCCAGUCCCCACCAACCCCAGUCCCCACCAACCCCAGUCCCCACAACCCCCAGUACCCUCGCCCCCACAACCCCCAGUCCCCACCAACCCCCAGUCCCCACCAACCCCCAGUCCCCACAAACCCCAGUCCCCACCAAACCCAGCCCCCACAACCCCCAGUCCCCACAAACCCCAGUCCCCACCAACCCCCAGUCCCCACCAACCCCCAGUCCCCACAAACCCCAGUCCCCACCAAACCCAAGUCCCCACAAACCCCAGUCCCCACCAACCCCAGUCCCCACCAACCCCAGUCCCCACCACACCCAGUCCCCAUAA